AUUUCCAUCAGCGGUUUGUCGCGCCUGAAUGACGUAAGCGAGACGUUUUCCAUCAUGGCGGCGGAAGGAGGCGAAGAGCUGAGCGGCAACGGGGAGCUCGAAGAAUCUUCAGCCAUGGAUGCUUCUGAGGUUCCUGCACCGCCUCCAAUUGAGAUGGCUGACCUGUCAGAAGAGAACGGCAGCGCCGCCGUGGCCCCGGAGGCUCCUCUGGGCCCUGACCCUUCUUCCUUCUCCAUGCCUCCAGUUGCAGAGGACGAGGAGGGGGAACUGCCAGCUGACUUUGAGCGUCUGUGGAAGGCCGCCAACGACAACCCUCAAGACUUCACCAGCUGGACCGACCUACUGCAAUACUGCGAGCAAGAGAGUCACGUCACAGCGUCACGCAGAGCGCUGGUGGCCUUCCUCGCUCGCUACCCGCUCUGCUACGGCUACUGGAAGAAAUUUGCUGAUCUGGAGCGCCGCGCAGGGUACAACAACAAAGCAGAGGAGGUGUGUGUUCAGGGUCUCCAGGUGAUCCCUCUCAGUGUAGAUCUGUGGAUCCACUACAUCAAUCUGUUGCUGGGAACACUGGACAUGAACCUGCCUGAGUCGCCGAAGCGGAUUCGCAGUGUGUUUGAGGAAGCGGUUGCGGCAGCAGGUCUGGACUUCCACUCAGACCGGCUUUGGGAUCUGUAUGUUGAGUGGGAGAAGGAGCAGGGGAACAUGAGGAACGCAGGGGCCAUCCUGGACCGAGUCCUCAAAGUCCCCACCCAGCUCUACAACACGCACUACGACAAGUUCAAGGAGCACCUGAACAACCAUGAGCCAAAAGAGGUGCUCUCCCCGGAGGAGUAUGAGGAGCUGAGGACGUUGUGCCGUCAGAGCCAGAAGGCAGAGCGUGCUGAACAGGCCCAGGAGGAGGAGGAGGAGAGGCCACCGGGGGAGGAAGAGCCCGCCACACCUGAGGGUACAGACACAGAGGAACUGAUGCAGAAGAUUAGGGAACAAGUGCUGGUUCGCAGGGACAAAGUGUACCAGGACAACGAGGGAGAAGUCCGCAAGAGAUGGCACUUUGAAGAUGCUAUCAAGCGGCCCUACUUCCACGUCAAGUCACUCGACCGCCUUCAGCUGCGAGCCUGGCACUCCUACCUGGACUGGGAGAUCGCUCAGCUGAACAAGGAUACCGAAGACCCCAACCCAGAUCCAAACCAGGCGGCCACAGAGGGGUCAGAGGUCACGGCUCAGCCUCAUGAAGUGUCAGAGGAUGCUGCAGUUGCCCAAGACGACCAUAGGGUUCGCAUCCUCUUUGAGCGUUGCCUGAUCGCCUGUGCUCUGUAUGAGGAGUUCUGGACCAGGUACAUCCAGUACCUGGAGCCGCAGAGUGUGGACGAGGCCCGAGCUGUUUACAAACGAGCCUGUGAGAUCCACCUGACGUACAAACCCAACAUCCACAUGCAGUGGGCCACCUUUGAGGAGAGGCACAGUGAUUUAACCGAGGCUCGGCGAGUGCUGGAGGCCCUGGAGAAAAACCUGCCAGGGUUGGCGGUGGUCCGUCUCCGCAGGGCCGCUCUGGAGAGAAGAGCAGGCCAUCUGGACCAAUCAGAGGCCUUGCUGCGGGACGCGGUGGCGGAAUCCAAAGAGAAACCCACGUUACACGCUUUCUACUCCAUCAAGCUGGCUCGUCUGCUGCUUAAACUAGGCAGGAACCCCAGCAGAGCCCGCAGAGUUUUACAGGAGGCGCUGGAGAUUAGUCCGGAUAAUGAUAAACUGCACUUGAACCUGUUGGAACUCGAGGUUUCGGGAGACCCCUGGGCCUCAGCUGAGGCGGUGCAAGAGUGUGUGAUGCGAGCCCUGGCAGCCCCUCUCGCCCCACACACCAAGAUCCUCUUUUCACAGAGAGGCCUGCAGUUCGCAGAGGACUACAGCAACUCCAUCCAGAGUGUGCUGUCUGUCUAUGAAGAGCACCAGAAACUUUUGAAGGAGCUUGGUGGAACAAAGAGAGGAGCAGAGAAUGGGGAUGAGGAUUCAGAGAAACUGAGCAAAAGUGAGGAUGGCUCCGCUGUUGCCGUGUCCACACAAGUCCCACCUACUAUGCCGCAUGUCCCCAUCACCACGCCCCCUCCUUCUAUGAUGGGCGCCGACAUGAGCGCACAGGCCAGUUACAGCGGAUACAGCAACUGGUACCAGCAACCGCAGUACAGCAGCUACGGUUACCAGAACACCUGGAACUACAACCAGGGCUACUAUCCCCCCAGCUAAAGUGAGCAACCGCGACCGUGGCACCAAAAGAUCACAGGAAGGAGUUUGGCCCAGGAUGAUUUCUCAGCUGAACAACAAAUUAAAGCACCCAGUCCUGCUGGUCUAGUCCUGCUAAAAUAAAUCCCAGCAUCCUUUCCUCUCCGUCCUUCCUCUGAGUUACCUCACUGUCCUGGAUUUUUGAAAAUAAGAGGUUGGAGUUGAGCUCUUUCAACAUGUCGUGUCAUUUCAGUGUUGAGUCUGAGGGACAGGUGGGAAGAUGAUGAAAGGAAACAGUGACGUUCAUUUUCAGUACAUCGGUGUCUCUGCAUUUUAAUCAGAACUAUUUUUGUAUUUGUUUGCAAGCCAACCCCUUUGCUUGUGUUUUAAAGUAAUCCAGUUUAUCCACAACUUUACAGGUGAUUGUUGAUUGACAUUUUGUACCAUUCCACACAAUAGGCUAUUUGUUUUUUCUAAUGUAUAUAAAGGUGUUUUAUAGUGUGUCACGACA